AUGGCUGGAAGAGCACCUCUUGUCGUUCCUGCCCUGAAGACGCACACCGCGACUGUGAUCGUUGCUCACGGGCUGGGUGACUCCGGCGCAGGAUGGAUCUUCCUCGCAGAAAACUGGCGCCGACGCAGCAAGUUUGAGGAAGUCUCGUUUAUCUUCCCGAAUGCGCCUAAUAUUCCCAUCACUCUGAACAUGGGCAUGAACAUGCCUGGAUGGUACGAUAUCAAGUCCCUUAGCACAAUCACCGACCGCGAGGAGGACGAAGCCGGCAUUAUAAAAUCCCGCGACUACUUCCACUCCCUUAUCGAUGCCGAAGUCGAAAAGGGCAUCCCCGCGAACCGAAUCGUUAUUGGCGGUUUCUCUCAAGGAGGCGCCAUGUCACUGUUAUCUGGCGUCACAUACAAGAAUCAGCUGGGAGGCAUUUUUGGUCUCAGUUGCUACCUGUUGCUGCAGAAAAAGAUCAAGGACAUCAUCCCUACCGAGAACCCCAAUCAAGGCACACCCAUCUUCAUGGGCCAUGGAGACGCCGACCAAGUCAUUGCACACAAGUACGGCAAGCUGAGCGCCGACGAGCUCGCUUCUCAUGGUUAUAAGGUCGACUUCAGGACAUACAAGGGUCUUGCGCAUUCCGCAGAUGCAGACGAGAUCGACCACCUCGAGGCCUACCUUAAGCAGCAGAUUCCUGCGCUCGGUGACAAGUCUGAGCUUUGA